AGCAUAGUGCGCGCAGUGGUGUCGCACAAAAGGGGCUACGUGAGUGAAAGGGCGGUAACCCAGUUUCUUCACAUCCUGUUACGAUGUAAAGCAGCAUUAAGACGAAGGGGAUGUGUUUACCUAAAUUUAUGUAGACAACUGUUUUGGAAGGGUUUUCUGAAAGUUUGGUGCAACUGGCUUUUCUCGGGCGUGGCAUUUUGCGCCCGGUUUACGCCGGCGCAACUGCUACGCCUCACUUAAGACCGGUUGGUGCAACCUGGCCCUGGGAAGUACACCCAAAACAAAGAGCAAAACAACUCCAAAAAUGCAUGUAACCUAGUCGACCAGAAACCCAUUAAAUUAUGGCACCUGGGAAUGCGGAUACGGAGACAAUAACAGAAAUGUAUGGAUUACGGCAUGUAACUACAGCCGAGAAAAUAUAAAAACAGCGGAAUUCCUGGCCCGUACACCAUGGAGACGCACGCCUUAGCGAAUAUUACGGAGCCCGAGUCGACAGUGCAGAGCUCUAGAAAUGAAGUGAUCUCCCAAACCCCUUUGCCGCCAUACGGCGAUGUCUCUGACUACACAAGCUUGGAUUUUGGGGACAUCAGAGGGGCCGAAGGAGGCGCGACCCACGCCUACGAUAAUGAUGGAUACGAAAAUCCGCCACCUAAAUCAGUUAACGACCCCAACACUCCUCCAGCCCCAAUGCGAAAUGAGUCCAGGCGGGGUAUGAUCUACCGACGAAUGUCGGAUCGAUCUUCCGUCACCGGUAGCACAGCGAUAGUAGAGAACAGGCGGCGCAUGGGCCACAAGCGGUGCUGUGCUGUCGGGUUUGUGAUCGUGGCAGUAACAGUGUUAGUGAUGUUCACAGCGGGUCUGGUUCUCUUCGUUAUCCAAAGAGGGGGUACUGAAACCAGUAACGGCAGUUCACCUACUACGUUACAGCAGAAGCAGAAGUUCAGUGGAUGUGAGGUGGAGCCGUCCUCUAGAACAGACAGUGCUGCUACCCCGUGGAAGGACGGGAAGAUUGUGCCGACCGCGAACGUGUUCAGUUGCUUACGAUAUAAGGCUGAUAGCAAUUAUGAAAUCCACGUCCUAAGUAUGGACUCUGUCGGGAAGGAUGAAGCUGAAGUGAUGGUGUCGGUGAUUGGUAGCCCUAAAGUGAACAAUGUUAUGUUGGUGUUGAUAUCUGGUAUGGACACGUCUUGGGUUAUUGAUCCCAAUGCGACUGUUUCCAGGAUCAUCAAAUGUAGACGCGAUGGAGUGAAGUCAGGUAACAUUAAGUUUGAUAGCGUGAGCUGUCCAGAAAAGGAAGACGUCGCCUCGGCCGUACUGCAGAAUGUGGUGGCCACGUACGGACAGAUUACGUCAUACACAUACACCGCCACAUGCGACAAAUGGACGCUUAAGGUGGGCGAGCAAGAUGAACUGAAACCCACUGCGCUGCCUCCUACACAACCCACAAGUGUUACCACCACAACUCUCCCCCCUGUACGCAAUAUAUCUGCGGUUAGGAACGUCCGACUGGCAGAUAUGUGGGAGCAUGGUGCGGGGCAUGUGCAGGUGCUGAUAGGACGACACUGGUACUACAUCUGUGACCGCCUAAUUGACUCAGCUGAUGCGCACGUGAUUUGCAAGACGCUAGGACUGGGCGUUCAAGCAGAGGUGUUGUUCCAAUCGUUCUUCUCUACGGUGGAUUCUACUCCAUUGGGGUUGAUACUGGACUGUGUUGGCAACGAGACAAAUGUCACCCAAUGCCGCCAUACGUUAGCCAACCCUUUUAUCAGAUGUAAUCAGGAGGUGGCGACAGUCAGGUGUAACCCGGGACCCACCACUUCUCCUGCCAGCCCGUCACAGAUCACUGACGUAAGACUGGUAGACUCUAAUUCCAAAUACGAGGGCAACGUGCAAGUGAAGUAUGGCAACUAUUGGCGUUACGUCUGUGACGUUGGCUGGAAUUCGAUCGACGCUAGAGUUGUGUGUAGAACGCUAGGAUAUGGGAAUUUGACUGGCGCCAUAUAUUUCAACUCUAACUUCGGCAAUGCCCCUUCUAACAACCGACCGAUCAUAACCCUCAACUGCAUAGAUUCGGUCACUCAUAUCAAAGGAUGUCGCUAUGCAACGUAUUGGGAUUACUCUGGGUGUGAUGUCGAUGACGUAGCAGGCGUCCAGUGCUUUUCAGAUAUUGGAGUAUCAGGGAUAACCUGUAACUUUGAGGCUGGGAUGUGUGGCUUGAUGCCUUCUUAUACGUCAAGUGCUUACAGCUCGUUCAAGUGGACUCGGCGUAGUGGCCGCACAUCCUCCUCCUACACAGGCCCCACCUAUGACCACACGACGCUGUCGAGCACAGGUUACUACGUGUACGUGGACGGAACGUAUGGCUAUUCUGGCAGGACCACCGAGCUUUUAACACCCACCAUUCUUGCCAACACUACAAGGACGGUGUAUAAUAUAUCAUUCUGGUAUCACAUGUAUGGCUCUAGUAUGGGCGCAUUGAAUGUGUAUUUGACAGUACAAGGCAGGAAAACUCUCAUCUGGAUCGCUUCUGGAAACCAGGGCAACGCAUGGAAAUACGCUGAAGUGUUGAAACUCGCCAGCGGCAACUUCACGAUUACCUUCCAGGCCGUGCGUGGCCGUUCAUACACCAGUGAUAUUGCCAUAGACGAUUUAAAUAUCAAGAAACAAGAAGGCGCUACAACCGUUCCCCUCGAGAAGCUACAAGUGCGGCUGGUUGGCGGCUCUGUAGCCCGUGAAGGUCGUGUUGAGGUCUAUUACUUGGGACACUGGGGCACAGUGUGUGACAACGGCUGGGACAUCAGAGACGGGAACGUUACCUGUAGAAUGCUGGGAUAUAGUGGCGCAGUAGCGGUGUACCCCAGCGCUAGGUUUGGCCAAGGGAACGGGACGGUGUGGUUGUCCUAUAUAAACUGUACGGGAACGGAGUCUUCAUUAGAAGAAUGUGACAAACCCCACUGGGCCACAACCUGUAGCCAUUACCGGGACGCGUCUGUCAGGUGCAAGGACCCAGGUCUAGCGUCUGAAGAGUGCACGUUUGAGGGAGAUUUCUGUGGUUACACUCAGAGCUACUCAAAUAAUCUGAACUGGGUCCGAAAUCAGGGAAACAUCCCUUUUUACAGCUUCGGACCAAGCAGGGAUCACACCCUCGGCUCCAGUGCUGGGUACUAUAUCUACAUGUCGGGCAGCAAUGGGCUACCAAAUGAAACCGCGCGGAUAACGUCCCCUGUGAUCAAAGUGAACACCAGCACGGUCUACAACAUAUCGUUUUGGUUCUACAUGAGGGGGAGCGAGCUCGGUUACAUCAGGGUGUUUGUGAAACAACCCGGAGCGACGGAACAAGAACUCUGGAACUUUACUUCAGUUUCAGGAAGUUAUUUAUGGCGGGGACACUUUCUUCACAUCUCUAUCGGUAGUGAUUUUCAGGUCAUCUUCGAAGGCGUGAGAGGAGGAAGCUACAGGUCAGUCACAGCCUUAGAUGAUAUCUUUAUAUAUCCACUGGAAGGGAACAAUACUCUAGUACCAAUUACCGUUGGCGUGCGAUUGGCUGGCGGUUUCAAUCCCUGGGAGGGCAGAGUACAAGUCUACCACGCGGGGUUGUGGGGCGACAUCUGUGGCUCGGAAUGGGAUAUUUAUGACGCGCAGGUCGUCUGUAGGAUGCUUGGCUAUCGAAGCGCCGAGUCUGCUUAUACUGACAGCGGCACCUUAUUUGGCAGUAGCUCCAGCAGGACCUGGCUAAGCAAUGUCGGCUGUGUAGGAUACGAAUACUCCCUGGAAUAUUGCACUCACUCUAGCUGGGGCUAUAAUUACUGUUAUCGCAGCAGUAAGGCAGGUGUCAGGUGCACUCUCCCUGAUAAUGUUAAUACCACGAUUCGGUCAAAUGUGACUUGUUCCUUCGAGUCAGGGCCAUGUGGCUUUAGGUUUUCGUCCACGUAUUACAACUGGACAUUAAGAACCGGUAGCACUCCGUCCAGUGGAACUGGACCCUACACUGACCACACGCUGGGGAACUUACUUGGGCAUUACAUCUACGCGGAGGCAAGCUCUGUGUCCAGUGGUACCAGUACAAUGAUGAUAUCCCCGCCACUGGAUCCUCGUGGUACAAAAUCGUAUAACAUAUCAUUCUGGUACCACAUGAAUGGUUAUAACAUAGGGACACUUAAUAUCCGUGCCAGAUCCCUUAGCUCGGCUCGAGGAGCAAUACUGUGGACUAAAAGUGGAAAUCUAGGAAAUAUCUGGAGGAGAGGUGAAGUGUUGGCAGUGACGAAUGCUUCAUUCCAGGUUGUGUUUGAAGCUAUCUGCGGUUCUGAUUACCGCUCUGAUGUUGCUCUGGACGACAUCAACAUCGUUCAACUCACACUUGCUCAUACCCAGCAAGCAUCGUGUGAUUUUGAAUAUGGGGCCUGUGGCUUCCUGCAAGACAUGGCUGCCCCCGCAGGCUGGUUAAUCAGCAAUGGCUCUCGGACUUCAACGGUAUCAGCAGACCAUACAUUGCGAUCUGCUUCAGGACAUUUCAUGUACGCCAGGUAUACCUAUGGUGCAGGCACUGUAGCCCGGCUCAAUACGCCGCCACUGGUUAAGAAUACAAGAUACAUCGUGUCCUUCUGGUACAUGUUUCCUGGUUCCUACAGAGCAACUCUGAGUGUUCUGGUCCAGGGGACAGACAGAGAUGUUCGGUGGUCAAACAACGGCUACAGAGACACCAAUUGGCGCUACGGCUAUUUCAUCCUGGCCACGAGUCACGAUGUCCAGGUUGUAUUUGAGGCAACCUUGAGGAGUAGCUAUUCCAGUUAUGUCGCCAUAGACGACAUAAGUAUUGCCGUAUACACUGGGUGGAUAACAACGCUACCGCCCACACCAUCAGUGAGUAGCCGCAGUGUGCGUCUGGUUAGCGGGCUUUAUGCAUAUGAAGGACGAGUGGAGGUCUUUUACCGCGGACAGUGGGGGACUGUUUGUGACGAUGGUUGGAAUUUGGACGCUGCACGUGUGGUAUGCAGGUGGUUGGGAUACCCUGACGCGAUUGCUGCGUACGGCAGUGCUCGCUUUGGUGCUGGUGUUGGCACAAUCUGGUUGGACGAUGUUUCUUGCGCCGGGGAAGAAAACUCGCUGUGGGAGUGUCGCCAUAGAACUGUGGGUACUCACAACUGCGGCCACUCGGAGGACGCCGGAGUCCGCUGCUCAGAUCAAACGACCACAGUAAGGCCAACUGUCUUCCCGUCCAGCGUCCCAAGCAUUAUCUGUGCAAACACGACCAUGAACCAACCUCUGGCCAGAACCUGUGUCCAGUUUGUGGUCUGUGGAGGAUCACCAUUCCUGGCCAGCUGUGGCAGCAGCUUUUGGUUCUCAAAGAAAACCAGGGGAUGUGUUGAGUCGUCAUCACUGAGCAAUGAAUGUUACUCAAAUGGAUACAGGAGACCAGGUUCCGCAACCAACUGUUCUGUCGGAUGGCAGAAACAUGAUGACCAUUGUUACAAAUACAUUAGUUCUAGCAUGGCGUACAUGGAUGCCUAUACAUAUUGCCACACCAUAGACUCAAACCUGGUUAGCAUCCACUCUGCAAGAGAACAAUCCUUUGUCAGUUCCCUGUUGAGAAACGUCAGUUCACUGGUCUACAUCGGCUAUGACGAUAUCUGGGAAGAGGGUCACUGGCAGUGGGCCGACGGAUCUAUAGGGGCAGUCGGGAACUGGACCGAGUUCAACCGCGGGUCUUUUCAAAUCACGGAGGACUGUGCGGCACUGUAUCCGGAGGGACGCCCUCAGUGGUACGACGUGGAAUGCACUCUGAAACUACCUUUCAUUUGCAAAAUAUAACGUCCUGGCCAAGAAGAGCUACAGUUUAUGGGGAAGUACCCAACAUACGGGCCUUAACCUGAACGAACAUCAUAUCAUUUCUGAUCAAAAUUAAGAUAAUUAUUCAAGACAAAGCCUAAAAUUACUUUGUGGGCAGUGAAUAGUUCUUGUCCAUUUUAGUUCUAUAUACUGGAAAAUGAAGUACUUACACUGAUGCUCAUAAGUUAAGCAACACUUUCUAAUUUCUCGAAUUUCUCAGCAACCAAAAUUUUUAUUCAGGCA